CGGAUCGCCGGAUCCAUCCUUGAAGUUAAAACGGGAGAAAGAGGAACUGCUUCACAUUUACUGCCUCCUGCUUUUAUCCAAAAACCUGCUCUUCAAAUCCAAAUCUGACGGCGCUGACUCUGAAGGAUAUCUGUACCAGAAUGAUAACGCCGGUGUACCGGAUGAGAUGAGCUGACACUCUCCAUCUUUUUCUCCUGCCCUCUAACGGAUUUUGGGUUUGGAAGCUUGCUACCAUCACAUGUGCGGAGUCACGCUACCUGUAACAUCACAGCGCAGAGACAAACCAUUUGGAAACAGUUCGGUCAUGGAUCUGAAAGAUUAUUAUCUGUUGGGUGCUCUGCUUGCCUGCAUAUGGUUAGAUCCUUCAAUAGCUCAAGAACUGAUCUAUCCAAUCAGGGAGGAGCUGCAAGAAAAUGUUCUCAUUGGAAAUAUACCAAAGGACUUAAACAUUUCCCAUACAAAUGCUGCCACUGGAGCAAGUGCUAAUCUUGUGUACCGGCUUGUCUCCAAAGCGGGAGAUAACCCACUGGUGCGAGUGCUGAGCAGCACCGGUGAGAUAUUCACAACCUCAAACCGAAUCGACAGGGAGAAGCUGUGCCCUGGCCCCUCGUUUGAGGAUAGUGAGUGCUCCUUUGAAAUUGAAGUGGUCAUCCUGCCUAAUGAUUAUUUCAGGCUGAUUAAGAUAAAAAUCAUUGUCAAGGACACAAAUGAUAACGCGCCCAUGUUCCCGUCCCCUGUGAUCAACAUCUCCAUCCCAGAGAACACGCUCAUCAAUAGCCGCUUUGCUGUUCCCUCUGCCACUGACCCAGACACCGGCCCCAACAGCGUCCACAAAUAUGAGCUUAUCAACGGGCAGAGUGCCUUUGGCUUAGACAUCGUGGAAACGCCAGAGGGGGAAAAGUGGCCGCAGCUCAUUGUGCAGCAGAGUCUGGACAGAGAGCAGAAAGAUACUUAUGUGAUGAAGAUCAAAGUGGAGGACGGCGGCAGUCCACAGAAAUCUAGCACUGCCAUUCUCCAAGUGACGGUGACAGAUGUGAACGAUAACAGACCCGUGUUUAAAGAGAGUCAGAUUGAGGUGCACAUACCCGAGAACUCCCCUCUCGGCACAUCUGUUGUUCAGCUUCAGGCCACAGAUGCAGACAUAGGGGCAAAUGCAGAGAUUCGAUACGUCUUUGGGACUCAGGUAUCUCCUGCUACCAAAAGACUGUUUGCAUUAAAUACAACAUCUGGCUUAAUCACAGUCCAGAGGCCUCUUGAUCGAGAAGAGACUGCUAUUCAUAAACUGUCUGUCUUAGCUACUGAUGGCAGCUCCAGUCCAGCCAGGGGUACUGUUACAAUCAAUGUAACUGACGUCAAUGACAAUCCACCUAACAUAGACCUAAGAUACAUCAUCAGCCCCAUUAACGGCACUGUUUUUCUCUCCGAGAAGGAUCCCAUCAACACCAAGAUUGCUCUGAUCACUGUGUCAGACAAGGACACUGACAUUAACGGCAAGGUCAUUUGUUUCAUCGAGAAAGACGUGCCUUUCCACCUCAAAGCUGUCUAUGACAACCAGUAUCUUUUAGAGACAUCUGCUUUGCUUGACUAUGAGGGGACAAAGGAGUACAACUUUAAAAUUGUGGCUUCUGACUCUGGGAAGCCGAGUUUGAAUCAGACAGCUUUGGUGAGAGUGAGGCUGGAGGAUGAGAAUGAUAACCCGCCAAUUUUCACUCAGCCAGUCAUCGAGCUGGCCGUCAUGGAAAACAACAAGCGCGACCUGUUCCUCACGACUCUCAGCGCCACUGAUGAGGACAGUGGGAAAAAUGCAGAGAUUGUUUAUCAACUGGGACCAAAUGCAUCAUUCUUUGAUCUUGACCGCAAAACUGGGGUUUUGACCGCAUCUAGAGUUUUUGACAGGGAAGACCAGGACAGGUUCCUCUUUACUGUAACAGCAAGAGAUAAUGGGACCCCACCUCUUCAGACGCAGGCAGCUGUUAUUGUCACUGUACUGGAUGAGAAUGACAACAACCCCAAGUUUACACACAAUCACUUUCAGUUCUUUGUAUCUGAGAACCUGCCUAAAUACAGCACUGUGGGGGUAAUAACUGUGACUGAUUCCGAUGCUGGAGAAAACGCUGCCGUUUCUCUUUCCAUUUUGAAUGAUAAUGAAAACUUUAUACUGGAUCCAUACUCUGGGGUGAUAAAAUCCAAUGUGUCCUUUGAUCGGGAACAGCAGAGCUCCUACACCUUUGAUGUCAGGGCUGUGGACAGCGGUAGGCCUCCUUGCUCUUCAGCUGCCAAGGUCACCAUCAAUGUCAUUGACGUGAAUGACAAUGCCCCCAUCGUCAUCUACCCUCCAUCCAACACAUCUUUCAAACUCGUGCCUCUCUCGUCCAUCCCAGGUUCUGUAGUGGCAGAAGUGUUUGCUGUCGAUGGCGAUACAGGCAUGAACGCAGAACUUAAAUACACCAUCGUGAGCGGCAACAGCAAGGGUCUGUUCAGAAUCGAUCCUGUCACGGGGAAUAUCACGCUGGAGGAAAAGCCAGCACUGACUGACGUAGGUCUACACAGGCUAGUGGUUAACAUCAGCGACCUUGGUUAUCCUAAGUCACUUCACACACUGGUGCUGGUGUUUCUAUAUGUCAGUGACACUGUGGGCAACUCAACUCUCAUCUAUGAUCUAAUCAGGCGCACCAUGGAGACCCCGAUUGAUCGAAACAUAGGUGAAAGCAGUGAGACUUAUCAAAGUGGCGACUAUUUAACCAUAAUGAUAGCCUUCGUUACUGGGGCUUUAGUGGUGAUCAUUGUGAUCUUCAUCACUGUACUGUUGCGUUGCCGCCACGUGUCCAGGUUCAAAGCUGCGCAGAGGAAAAAACAAGGAGCUGAGUGGAUGUCGCCCAACACGGAGAACAAGCAGAACAAGAAGAAAAAGCGUAAGAAAAGAAAAUCUCCAAAAAGCUCUUUGCUCAACUUUGUUACCAUUGAGGGGAAUAAACCCAAUGACCCAGCCCACGAGCCAAUAAAUGGAACCAUCAGUCUGCCAACCGAGCUGGAGGAGCAAGGGAUUGGGCGUUUUGAUUGGAAUGCCACACCCACUACGACCUUCAAACCCAGCAGUCCAGACCUGGCCCGGCACUACAAGUCGGCCUCACCGCAGUCAGCCUUCCACCUGAAGGCCGACACUCCGGUCUCGGUGAAGAAGCAUCACGUGAUUCAGGAGCUCCCUUUGGAUAACACAUUUGUUGGUGGCUGCGAUACUCUUUCCAAGAGGUCCUCCACGAGCUCUGACCACUUCAGUGCCUCAGAGUGCAGCUCCCAAGGAGGGUUCAAGUCCAAGGGUCCCAUGCACACCAGACAGCAGGGAACAUUAACUCGUGCCAGAACUGAACUGAACCCUGAAUAUCUGGACCUCCGUCCACAAGCUGAGCUGAAUCCUGAAUACUGGACCCCUUGCACCCCUUUAUCGCAGCGGCGCGUCACGUUUCACCUGCCGGAUGGCUCCCAGGAGAGCUGCAGUGACAGCGGUCUGGGGGACCACGAGCCUGUAGGCAGUGGCUCCCUCCUCACACAACCUCUCCCUCUGGUGCAGGCACAGGAUGACUUCUACGAACAGGCCUCCCCUGAUAAGAGGACUGAAGCUGACGGCAACUCUGACCCCAACUCUGAUGGACCUCUUGGACCCCGUGGUCUAGUGGAAGCUACAGAGAUGUGCACACAGGAGUGCCUUGUCCUGGGACAUUCUGAUAACUGCUGGAUGCCACCAACCUUGGGAAGCUAUCAGCAGCCCAAGUCACCGAUGUCCAGUUUUGGAUCUCAGAGGGAAUGGGGUCCCAAGGACAAACUUCUCAAUGGACAUACUCUUACCAGAACCUGGAAAAAUGAGAGUGGGCGUUCAGAGCACUUUGCUGACAGGAAGCAGUUUGGAAGUGGAGAGGGACACUUCACCAGCAGUGGCAUGGCUGAUAUUCCACUGGUUAGUCUCAAAUCCUGCCAGCCGGCAUCCUGCCCAGACAGCCCAAAAGACCAGCAGCUAUAAGAGGGACUUUGUAUUACACUGCGAGCACUUGUAUUAGAACAUAGUCAAACACACAAAGCAACUUGUUUGAGACCAUCUUGAUUUUUUUCUUCACUCUCCUCGCUUUUUCUCCAAGUGCAUUGAUGCUUCUGCGGUGUGAUAGCUUCCUGUACUAUGUAGGCCACAAAACUUUUGUGCUUAUGCUGUGUUCCCAACAAUCAAACUUUAUCAUCGCUCUUGAGGAACCAUCUUUUUUUUCUUUUUUUUUAAACAUAAGUUAAAAAAAUAAUCUCCAUGAACUGUGCAUGGACAUUUUUUGCCAACUUCAUGUGAUAUUUGGACAUAUGAAGGAAGGACACACAAAAAUGGAGAAAACAAAAAUAAUAAUAAAAAAAUAUAUAUUAGUGCUGACUGGCAUAUACAGAUAUUUGUGCUGUGGUUGUUACUGAGUUGUUCAGGACUAUAUUAAUCAACACAAUCAAAGAAAAUGAAAUUACAUUUCAGAGCGUGUUGUUUCAAUAACACUGUUAGUGGACACUUGUUUAUUCUGUCAUUGUCAAAGUGUUUGUAAAUACAAAUUAUUAACCAGUCUCAUGUAUCUGUAAUAACCACGAAGAGUAGGACAGUUCUUGAUUGUUGGUUACUGUAAUGGCUUGUCAUCUGGGUUUUUGGUUUUUACUGGACAGUAAUCUAUAAUGUGGCAUCAUUUAUAAGAAGAAUGCAUUUACAUAUUUGCCUAUGGUUGAUUUUGUGUCAUCUCAUAAUAUAGUCAGUGUUGUCCUUAUUUCAAAACAUUUUGGUUCAAAUAAUGUAAAACCACAGGCAAACUUAAAAAAAAAAAAAAAGAAGCAUUUUUUUAUGAAGGAUGUCAGUGCUCAUUAUGUGCAACUUAAAAAUGAAAAGCUCCGAAAGCUCUAUAAUCAGAUUUUGAAAGUGUUCAGUACAAGUAAAUAGCAAUAUAUUUGUAAAUGGCUAAAUGUUUUAUCUAACGUUAAUCUUAUUACGUAUAGAUUUUAUUCAAAUUGUGGUUUAACUGAGUGGAAUUUCUCAGCAGUUCUCGCAAUUUAUUGACACAUGUAUAUAUCUUAUUUCCACAUAGACUAUUGUUUUCCACAUGUAAGAUAACACAGGUUAAGAUAACACUUUAAUCACUGUGCCUUCAUGAUGUUUCUUCAAACACUGAAUUGUACAUAUUUCAGUACAUGUUGGCAGCAAAGAUUAUUCUGUCUGAAAAUUACAUGCCUUCUGCAUUGUAUGUUUGCCAAAUUCAGUGAUACAUUCACAAAGACAUCAAAAUCCAAAAUCGAAUCAUUGUCAGUGAAGAAAAACACAGAGGCAUGAUGAAGACAAUUGGUCAACCAUGAAAGAUUGUCAUACUACCGUCUGAAAAGGUUUGUUUUAUCUACAGCAUGGACAGGCAUUCACACAAAUGGAACAGCAUGCAAAGUGAUGUUGCUUUAAAAAAAAAAGAUCAUUUUGUCAUUUUAUUAUGUUGAACUAGAAAUGAUUUGUGCAUUAAAGAGCGAUUCAGUUUGUAAAGCACUUUCAUAUUUAUGUCACACUAUAAAGUUAAGUGGGUUGGACUGAUUUGCUUAUCGCAGUAUGUCUGUCCGUUGUGAGGUUGUUUGACAUCACUGAUUCUGAAACAGUUAAUCCUUGUUACUACUCUACAGGUAUACAGCUACUGCAAUAAAUGUUUUAAUUAUGUGCAAA